AUGUAUACAGAAUCUAGCUCACAGCAUCGAACAUCACCGUUACCCGGAUUCAGUUUCCUUAUAUAAUACAUGCAAACAUGGGUGAAUACACCAGCUCCAACAAUGCCUCCAUCCCAGACGCUAUCACCGAUUCCGUGUUGAAGCCGACUCGGCGCACGGUCCCGGCCAGCAAAUGGGGCGUCGCAGCUCAAUGUACCACCGAAGACUUCAAGACCAAAACAGACAAGCAUAAGCCACUAGCAAAGGAUUGGAGUCACCAUUUGACCAGCGAAUCGACAACGAGAACAGGAUCCUCGCUGAAGGCAGCUUUCAAGCACUUACAGAACCCGGAUGUCAUCUCUCUCGGCGGCGGCAUUCCCCUCAGCGAGUUCCUCCCCUUCGAGACCCUCUCAUUUACGCCGUCAUUCGUGCCGAGCAGCUCAAAGUCUAAGUCUACGACAAACGCGUCUGUUGACGAUGCACGCUUUCGAUCAAGCAAAACAGAUCUUGCGGAAGGUCGAAGCGUGUUCGACAUCUCUGUAGCGCUGAACUAUGGUCAAGGUAGUGGGUCUCCGCAGCUCCUGCGAUGGAUCAUUGAACACACCGAGAUGGUUCACAACCCCCCUUAUGCGGAUUGGGGAUGCACCAUGACGAUUGGCAAUACCUCAGCGUUAGAUAUGGCUCUCCGCAUGCUCGCAAAAUCCGGAGACUAUGUGCUGUCAGAGAAGUUCACAUACUCGACGGCAGUCGAAACUGCGAAACCGAUGGGUGUGAAGUUCCUUGGUGUUGACAUGGACGAAGAAGGCUUGUUGCCAGAGAGCCUACUCCAAGUCUUGGAUACAUGGAACCCAGCGGAACACGACAACGCAACGAAGCCAUUCCUAUUGUAUCUCGUUCCAACAGGUCACAACCCUACCGGCGCGACCCAAAGUCUCCAGCGUCGUAGGGACAUCUACCGCGUAGCACAGAAGCACGAUUUGAUUAUCUUGGAAGACGAUCCCUACUACUGGCUUCAGAUGGACCCCUACAGCCCAUCCAUAGAUCUAGGAGGAUCCUCUAUGAUCCCCCAAUCGCCAGCAGAAUUGCUCAAGACAAUCGUUCCAACAUACCUCGGACUCGAUAUAGACGGGCGUGUCAUGCGCAUGGAUUCCUUCAGCAAGGUCGUCAGCCCUGGAUCCCGAAUUGGCUGGAUCACCGCUCCACAGGCAGUCGUUGAGCGAUACAAAACUCAUGCAGAUGUAUCGACACAGGGACCCAGCGGAUUCAGCCAACUCGCAUUCUUCAAGCUCUUGGAUGAGUUCUGGGGGCACGCCGGAUUCCUUGAGUGGUUGCUGCACAUUCGCAGAGAGUAUACUGAGCGUCGGGACUUCAUGGUGCGAGCUUGCGAACGGCACUUACCCCGAGAAAUCGUCACAUGGGAACCUACACGAGCGGGCAUGUUUCAAUGGCUCGGCGUGGACUGGCAAAAACACCCCGGUGCCUCGAAGAAGUCUCCGAGUGAAAUCGAAGAGGAGAUAUGGCAAGAAGCACUGGCUCAAGGCGCGCUCAUUGCUAGGGGCAGUUGGUUCAACGCUAAUAAGCACAUCCCAUUGAACGAAGUUUUCUACAGGACCACGUUCGCUGCCGCACCUCUGGAUCAAAUUGAGGAGGCGGUGAAGCGAUUGGGUAUGGCACUCAAGAAAAGUUUCCAGCUGCAGUGAGACGGUUUGUUUCUAGGGUUACGCUCAAGCAUGGUUGGAAAGGUUACAAGAACUAGGGAAACAUCAAACUCAACAUAGAGAAGGUCACUUGGUAAAUUGCAUUUGGAAGUGUGCAUCAAAGUUCGAUCCAGUCUCCUUGGAAUUCCUUUACAAUUUUGAAUUCGGGACUGUCAGGUAAGAUUGACCGAUGAGAAUGAUUGCGGCGCAGUGUGUCCGGUGGGAAUGGCCUCAAAAGUAAAUUGGCCUCAGUGGAGACCCUAUUGGAGAUUGGAUUGAGCCAAUCAUGUCUGGUAUUAGAUUGACAGGGGGUUGCGGCUUGCAACUGCUUUACCACUCAUGCGAUACUUGAUAAGCCUCCCAACUGGAUGCGAAACUGGAUUUGCUUGAUAUCUGCACUCGCGGUCUCUCGGAAGUAUUCUCUUCAUGCGCCACAUUCAAAUAAUCACUUUCCUG